AUGACCCCCUCCUCCCCCCCACCAACUUCCACGUCCAAAGCCAACCUCCACUGCGCAACCUGCUCUCGCAAAUACACGAUCCUCCAACACUUCGCCACGCACCUGGCGCGGAACAAUCACAAGCCUGUUCCCGCAUCGGUGGGGGAGCGUUUGCUGAACUUGCACUACCAGACGCUUGAGGAGGGAAAAGGCGGAGACGAGACGGGCUGGUGGAUGGAUGCGCUGAGUAUGUGGAAGGAUGCGCUGAGUAUGGGGAUGGAUGCGCUGAGUAUGGGGAUGGAUGUGCUGAGUAUGGGGAUGGAUGUGCUGAGUAUGGGGAUGGAUGUGCUGAGGAUGGGGAUGCCGAAGGUAUGGACGGGCGUACUUGGUAUAUGGGAGGUGGUGUGUCAUAUAAUGCGUACUCGCGAGGGCGGCGUGAACUGGUGGGUUGUUGGGCUUGUGCUAGUCUUGAUGUUUCCGUGGGUCUUGAAGGGGUGGUGUUGGGCUUUCUGUAUGCAAAUCAGCGAUAGAUAG